GGGGGGACGCCAGAACCCAGGACCGCUGCACGGAAACGGCCCAGGGCUGGGCUGUAAUCAGAUCCGGGGAUGGAGGGAGCCCGAGAAGAGGAGUGAGGAGGCUGGGGAGGCAGACCCUGCUGACCUCCUGGAGACUGGCAGCCUGCUGGCAGUGAAGGUCCCGGCCACCAAGGGAAGAAAGGGGUCAGGAGAUCGAGCUGAGACUUAGCAAGCUCAGGCUCAUUCAAAAAGGGAGCUGCAGACGCACAGCAGUUCAGGGCUCAGGCCUGGUUCGGGGUUUUCGACCAGGAAACUAAAGCAAGCCUAGUGGGAAUAGUUGAAUGAGUCAGAGCCUGGCAAAAAACCCACAGGGUCUAAACGCUCAAAAGCCAAGUUAGGGGCAGGAGCAGAGACCUUUAGGAAAGCUCAUGUAUUAAGACGGGCAGGGGGCUUCAGACCCUCCCAUAGCUGAGUGGGAUUGGCGAGUUGGACGCUUGUGGAUCUAAGGUUGGAUUGGGGAGGGGUCUCCAGGACGUUGGCUUGCUAAGCAACGAUUGGGGGGAUUCAAGUGCUUAGAGAUCGAAGCCAGGCCUUGGGUAGGGGGAGUCAGACAAUUGGAAAGCCUAGGUGGUUAUUUGGGGAGGGGUCUUUGCGUUAGGCGGAGUGCAAAGCUGCUGCUUUUGGCUUGAGGCCUGGGACCUUGUCAAGGGAGGCUUCUGUGAAAGGGUGGGCCAGCUAGGCCAGACCAAGAGAAAGAAAGUGAAUAAAUUGGAUAAGUGGGUGGGGGGACCCUGAGAGGGGGUCACAAAGGGUGAGACAUGGCCACCAGGCGUUUAACCGACGCUUUCUUGUUGUUGCGGAAUAAUUCCAUCCAAAACCGGCAGCUGUUAGCCGAGCAAGUGAGUAGUCACACCACCUCCAGCCCUCUGCAUUCACGUAGCAUUGCUGCGGAGCUGGACGAGCUUGCCGAUGACCGUAUGGCACUGGUAUCGGGCAUUAGCUUAGAUCCAGAAGCAGCCAUCGGUGUAACAAAACGGUCACCUCCAAAAUGGGUGGAUGGAGUGGAUGAAAUACAAUAUGAUGUUGGCCGGAUUAAACAGAAGAUGAAGGAGUUAGCCAGCCUUCACGACAAGCAUUUAAACAGACCCACCCUGGAUGACAGCAGUGAGGAGGAGCAUGCCAUUGAAAUAACCACUCAGGAGGUCACACAGCUCUUCCACAGGUGUCAGCGUGCAGUGCAGGCCCUGCCGAGCAGGGCCCGGAGGGCCUGCUCCGAGCAGGAGGAGCGACUGCUGCGCAACGUGGUGGCCUCCCUGGCACAGACCCUGCAGGAGCUGUCCACCAGCUUCCGGCACGCACAAUCCGGCUACCUCAAGCGCGUGAAGAAUCGAGAGGAAAGAUCCCAGCAUUUUUUUGAUACAUCAGUACCACUAAUGGAUGAUGGAGACGAUAAUACUCUGUAUGCUCGGGGCUUCACGGAUGACCAGCUGGUGUUGGUGGAGCAGAAUACACUGAUGGUGGAGGAGAGAGCGCGCGAGAUCCUCCAGAUUGCGCAGUCCAUUUCUGACCUGAAUGAAAUCUUUAGGGACUUAGGAGCCAUGAUUGUAGAGCAGGGAACGGUCCUUGAUAGAAUUGACUAUAACGUUGAACAGUCCUGUAUCAAAACUGAAGAUGGCUUGAAACAGCUUCACAAGGCAGAGCAGUACCAAAAGAAGAAUCGGAAGAUGCUUGUGAUUUUAAUGCUGUUUGUCAUCAUCAUUAUCCUCAUUGUUGUCCUUGUCGGUGUGAAGUCUCGCUAGUGGCCUUUGGUUCCUGUUGCCACCUCGUGGACGUCCCGGUGUGGGGGCUCAGCGUGCAUCCGUAGCUGCGCAGAGGUGCAGCUGGCGGGCUCGUGGGCCCUGGGCCUCCGGCAGAUUCCUCUCCUCCGGCGUGCUCAAGCGAGGGGAAGGGGCCUUUACUUUUGUUUGCCAUCACUGUCGAGUCUUUAAGGGCCUUUGAUGCUGUUGCAUAACAGAGGUUUCUUCUGUGAUCAGUUAUAAAAUAUAUAUUUUUUAGAAAGUGAAAAUGAGUUGAAAGUUUACAGGCACUGCUGAAGCUGUUCAGUGUUCUAUGUGUAUAUGCUAUUUUUUUAGCAGUUAUGUCUGAGCAGCAUGUUAAAAUAAUUUUUGGAAAAAAUUUUUUAAACCAUUUGGUUUUUAAGAAAUUUGGUACCAAAAAUUUAUGAGUAGAGGCAAAAAUGCCUCUUCAUCUUUAUAUAUUUUCCAGUUGAAAACAAACUAAGAAGUCCUUUAAGAAUUUAUAAUCCGUUCCCCAUUAACUUAAUUUAGCUUUUCCAUCACGGUUAACAGAGUAACAAAGUGUGAAAAAUAAGAAACCAUCAUGAUGUUAAUUAACAUAUAUAGAUGGGCCAGUUAAAAUAGCUUCGUAAGUUUAAAUUAAUUGUAAAUAGAGUAUUCCUCAUUUAAAAUUUUGCACUGGAUUUUCUACUGUAUACCAAAAGGGGUUACCCAGCAAAACCAUCUAAAUUUAAAAGUUGGUGAUUUGAACCAACCUCACAUUAAAAGGAAGCUUGACAGUGGUGUGAAAGUCCCCAGAUUGAGCAAGUGUCUCUCGGGUUGUCCCCAGCCUCCGUACUCCACCUGUUACUUAAGCCCCAGCCACGUAAUGACCUAUUCAAACCAGACUCCAUUUAAUGAGCUGUGAAUUUACACAGAGGCCAUUUUAAAUGGGUCACCCCAUUUAGGAGUGCUGGAUCUCAAAUUAUUAACCAAACAUCACUCCAUUUUAAAGUAAAAUAUUCCACCAGUGAUUUGAUUUAUUGGUUCUUCCAUUGCCACUUAACAGUGCCCAGAAAGUAGACGCACUCCUGAGGAUUGUGACAAUCUGAUUGGGAAAUCCUUUGCUUGUGUGAGCACAGAUCAGAUCGCCAAAGCAGGACUUUGUCGUUUACCUACCUAUUAUCACGUGUAUGGUGCUGGAGUAUAAUCUUGGAACUGCCAUGUGGGAAGUGACGAUAGCUUUGAAAACUCAGUCGUUUGUGUUUUAUUUGCCCUGUUUUAAUUGAUACCAGUAUAAUUUUAGUGGCUUUUGUGUAAGUUUUGAUGGCUUUUUCAUUGUUUCUUUUUCUCUUUAAAAAUUUAAGAAGAGCAUGACCCCAUUAAAUGCGUUACAUUUUAUUUAGGCCAGUCACGUGAAUUGCCUCUUCAAGAAUGGCUUUUGAAGUGGCUUCCAGAGAUGUGCACUCAAGUCAUCCAAACAGACCAUGUCUUAACACCCAAGCCCCUUCCCAGGCUUCCUACCUCGUGCCCACCUCCAGGCAGCCUCCUGUUUUCUCACUGCUGCAGGUUGGAGAACUGAGAAUCCAGAGGUGUGCCUGGCGUUCCCUGGUGGACGCUGGUUAGGAAAGAAGGAUCGGGAGUCAUUUCCUCCCUCUUCCUCUGGACAAUAGGACUCGAAACCUGCAGAGUCCCAGCUGACUUUAACCCCACGGCGCACAGUCAUUUAGACCAGCUGCUCCUCUAAGUGGGACUCUUUGAAUUAGGGAACUUGCCUGGAGAACAAUCCAUGGAGACCUUGGUGGAUAAUUGUUAAAAGCUUUUAAAAUGCUGACUCCUACCAACUCUUGAAGGACAUUGACUCAUUAAGAAAGGAUUAGCACUUAUUUAUGUUUAUUUCCCCAAAAUAGAGUAAUUUGGGUUGCCUCCCCCACAACCCAUUUGGGUAACAUAAUGGACCUGAUUAGAAAUUGUUGUAAGAAUCUCAUGCGAGAGUGGAGGAACUGACCUCUUCAGUCUCAAGCUAGUACAGUGCUGCAAAGCCCCAUCUAUCUGCUGCAGUGACUGGUGUCCCAGGGUGGGAGAUGUUUGGGCCAGCCUGGAGCUGGCCCCAGAGCCACGCCUGACUUAUUGGGGUCCUUAAACCACUGUAUUUUUCUUUUGAGCCUGUACUUGGGGGAAGAUCAGUAGCAUAUGAGAAAGUAAGGGAAAUUGAUAAUCAUGUCCUGUACCUCAGGGUAAUUCUUUCCCUCUGAAGGAGAUGGAGUCCUUGACCUGCCCAUAGUUGUGCCCGUUAGUCCCUGCAGAGCCAUGGGGGUGACAAUCAUCCAGGCCAGACUCUCCGCUGGCCUGGGAAGCACUCUCCAGGAAGAGGCCCUGCAGGAGAAGGCUUCCCCUGGGCACCUGGGCCUAGCCCUGGGCCCCAUUCCUUUCCCGGUAUCCUGGCUGACUCCUGUUGAGUGGAGCUGGGAGGAAAAGCAGAAAUUUUAAUGUCAGUUUUGCAAAGCUCCUGAUCUUUCCCAACACUGUAAAACUGCUGUCUGUCAUUUUGUUCCUUUUGUGGGGGGGAGGGUUGCUGGCUGGGCCAUGUCAUGUGAAUCUGUAUAUCUCUAAUUUAACGGAUUUACCUCCUCUGCUAAUUGAGAGAGCAUUAUUUAUUUGUUUUGACACAAGUGCUUGCAGUGUUUUAUCCCAGCUAAUGACUUCUUAAAGGUAAUAAAAACCCUUCAACGUAAUUGGUCAGAUAAGACUUUUUUUCUUAUAUGCUUAAAUAAAGCAAUUAGUGAAGCGCUUCUAUCCAAAAUGACUUCUUUUGUCCUUUUUUAAAAAUUAAUUUACUGCUACUGGAAACUUUUUGUACAAUAAAGCAUUCAUGCAGAUUAAAGAACA